CUCGGUUGACGCAAACAUCCAACCAUCCCGACCAAUCCUAGAAUCCAAUUGACGAGCCAUACCCAUAAUGCGGGCGCAGGGAGCAGCUUGCCUUGCUCGACUUGUCAGUCACCAUCUGCAGCGCCCAGUGUUUCCUGUCCGACCAAUUCUCCGAGGAACAGGGGCAGUGACAGCGACAGCAUUACGACCUCUACGAUCAAUCCAACCAUCCAGGAUGGCAUCCAGCAGUACCAGCAGUGUUGUUCAAUUCUCAGAGGGAGAGAAUGAUCUGCCCGCGUUGCAGGAUGCGAUGGAUGGAUUACUGGAGCAAGGGUGGGAGGUGGAUGGGGAGGGGAGGGGGUUGAAAAAGACGUAUUAUUUCAAGAGUUAUUUUAAGGCUGUGUCCUUUGUAAAUGUGAUUGCAUCCGAGAGUGCAGUGAAAAAGCACCAUCCCACCAUGACCAUCAGAAUCGGCUCGGUAGACGUCCACUGGACGACGCACCAACCCCGCGGCCUCUCCAGCAAAGACAUCAACAUGGCCCAGCACUGCGAGAAAGGCGCCGAACUGAUGAGUGCCGUGGUGAAGGAGGAGGGCAAAAAAUGUAAAUAACCAUCUACCAAGGUCGACAGAAUGUAUUUCUAGACGUGUAUAAUUAAGGAUGAUCAAAAGAAAACAAGUGGAUAAAGUGUCACGGCCAAGGCUUAACGGGCCCUCGUGCGCAGUCGAUCGUUGCUGUUUUGGUUGACCUCGUGUUGGAGAGUUUGUAUAGGAGGAGUAGAAGGAAUAGGGGUUCUGGUGGAUUCUAGAUGAACUAUAUUAUAUCUAUAUCUAUAUUUAUUAUCUUUAUCUUUAUAAUAUCUAUAUUAUAG